UCGGGAGUCGUGAACCGAGGCCUCGAACGGCGUCCGGUUUCCGGUUUCGCUCGUCGGAAGUGACGCAAGCGGGCCGCGCCGCGGAGUGCGGAGGCCGGGUCGCGAUGAGCGGCGUCCUGUGCGCGCCGGCAGCCGGGGCCGUCCGGGCGGCGAGGUUCGUGCGCUGGGUUUCCCGAACCCCGCGGUCGCCGCGCGCCACCGAGGGCGACGAGGAGGACGAGGCUGACCGCCCCAUCCAGUUCUCGUCCAGUAGGGCGCACCCGGCGCGCUGGUCGGUGCAGCACUCCCUGGGGCAGGGGCAGCAGCGGCCCUGGUGGCGGGUGCUGCCCUUCAGCCUGACCCUCAUGGCCCUGGUGGUCUGGUGCUUCCUGCGGCAGGAGACCGGCACCGACCGGUGGUUGAGACGGGUGCUGGGCGAGGAGGCGGCGGAGCCCGCGGACGGCGCGCGGGAGCCCGGAGCUGCGGCCGGGGAGCGGGCGCGCAGCUAGCGGGGUGCUCGCGGAGGCCGCCCCGCGCGGACCGAGCGCCCCGGCGUGGGGCACUCGAGCGCCGCCCGGCGCCCGCGGCAGAAGGACGGGUCCUUUUCAGAUCCGCAGUGGAGGUUUUGCCCGCCUCGUGUGCUGCCGGGUCUGCGGAGCGCCCCGCUCCAACAGCAUCCCGUUUCCAGAGCCAGCCGGGUGACACUGGGGAGCCAGGUGGUGCGUCACCCGCCUUCCGAGACCGUCGCGGGCCGGACUCACAGCUCGCGGCCUACCGGAGUGCGUAGAUUGGAUGUCACUUUCACGGACUAACAACCUGACACUUUUGAUUUGGUCACGUGGCAUUAAGCCAGUCCUUUCCCCCUCCCCCUUUUUUGCAUCUUAUUAAAAAAAAAUACACCAAAAAACCAAAAAGGGAGACUUUUUGAGUCCUUUCCAGUUCCUUCGUUUUUUUUUUCCCCCAGAGUAAGUAGGAACUGAGCAAAGAAGUCUCCGUGGUAUUUGUGGGAUUUACACCUGAUCUUAGCCAAAAGGCCGAGAAGCGAUUUUUGUGGGAUUUACAAACAGUGCCAGAAAUGAUGAACUUUCUCAGCUCUACAGAUUUUUUUAUUUUUUAUUUUUAGCAAGGUAACAGUUUUCUGAGUAGAGUUGAGACUGAGAAGUAUGUCUUUUGAGAAACUGCAGGGAGUGUUUUUAGGCAUCUAAAUGAUCACACUCUCAAGGACUGCUUAGUAAGAAACUGCAAUUGUGAAUUAAAUGCAAGAUGCACACAAGGAAGCUUGUAUUUGCUUAGGCCUCUCGUGGAAGGCUUCUUGUCUGCACGUCUCUGGUGCCAAAGUCACCUGGAGAUUUCUUUUCUUCAGGUGUGUGAAGCUGCUGGCUCCCUGGCAGUGUGCUGGCUUCCCCGGGGGUCUCCGCAUCCCGCCCACCUCAUAAACCAUGAUUGGCAGGGAAGUGGGAUCCAUACAAGUAUGUCCCUUACUGAAAGACAGACCAAGGUGUGGAAAGAUUGACCUGACGUAGCUCAGGCUGCAUUGUUUUCCUGGCAGGAACAAAUAUCCGAGCUGUCCCUUCUCUACGUGAACAUGUGGUUAUCUGUUUGAUGGGGAACUGUUCUGUUUGAGCAACAGUCAUUGAAACCUGAACCCUGAUUUUUCUCUCUCUCGUUCCUGCAGAGAAUAAAAAGAGGUCAGACCUAAUAAAAA